AUGCAAAGCGUUGGAGAGGAACCAAAUGAAGUCGAUGGCAGCAUUGAUGAAAGUCCACGGCUAGAAUCUCAUCCAAACCGAAAGCGAAGCCCGCAAGCAGUACAAUUAAGUCGGCAAAUGGCUGCUGACGGCCUGUCGCCAGGAACUCCGCAGCACGAUGUCCCCAAACGCCUUAAGCUUAGCCUUUUUCCCGACGUGCAGAACAAUCACAAUGCAGAUGUCCUGUUAAACUUGCCACCCCCCCCACCGCCACCACUACAGUUCCAUUCAGGAGCCGAAGAAACCCAAAGGAGUCUCUCUGAUGACGGUGAAGACGAGGAGGAUGAGGAAAAAGAUGAGGCCAGGCCAUCAGGCAAACUCGAGUUUCGUAUUCCCAAUAUUAGCCAACUCGAUAGGGAGCGUGGUUCCGGCGACAUUAAGCGCCUUAGUCCCACACCAAUCAUAAUCCGUUGUUUACCUUGGCGGAUUCUCUUCUUCCUUCGCGGUACCCCGGGGGGCAAUCGCUCUGUCGGUUUCUUCCUUCAGUGUAACGCUGAGUGCGAUUCUCCCACGUGGUACUGCCACGCACGAGCCAAACUCACUAUCGUCGCUCAAAAGCCGGGCGCUGAGUCCUUAACUAAAUUGAUAGACCACACAUUCUGCUCCAAGGAAAACGAUUGGGGUUUUUCCUCGUUUAUUUCCUGGACCGAAGUGAUGGAUCCGCAGCGCGGAUUAGUUCUUCCUCCCCACAGUGACGACAUUGAUGUUGAAAAGAAUGAAGGUUCAUCUGUUUCUACGGCACCCCCUGUUACCUCACAGCGCCGUUCAAGGUCUCGUUCAACAUCGGACCACUUAAUUUUGCCGGUCUCAAUCCAACGAACCCGUCGACGUUCCGCCUCGGUUCCCCGCAGAAACCCUAAGGAGCCUCUGCACACGUCUUCGUCGUCAAAGUCAGCGCAAUCUGAGGGACGCGACACUCUUGUCCUCCAAAUCCAUGUUUACGCUGAUGCACCACAUGGCGUGGACUGGGAUUCCAAGAAAUUUACGGGUUUUGUAGGUCUUCGCAAUCAGGGUGCCACAUGCUAUAUGAAUUCAUUACUGCAAGCCCUCUUCUUUACUAAUGAACUGCGUCGCGCUGUCUUUUUAAUGCCAACGGAAAGUGAGGACGUCAGCACUAGUAUCCCAUUGGCACUACAACGUGUCUUUUAUGAACUACAGUUCAAUGAUCGUGCUGUAGGAACAAAACGGUUGACGCGAAGCUUUGGCUGGGAGUCGCUAGAUUCUUUCAUGCAGCACGACGCCCAAGAACUCUGUCGUGUACUUCUCGACAACAUCGAGAACAAGAUGAAGGGCACCUCAGUGGAAGAAACGAUCCCGGAGUUGUUUAGAGGGAAAAUGCUCUCUUACAUAAGAUGUAAGCACGUGCCCUGCGAGUCAAGACGAGAAGAGAAUUUCUACGACAUUCAACUCAAAGUGAAGGGUAACCGUGACAUCUACCAAGCCUUUAAGGAAUACACCACGGUGGAGACUCUGGCCGGUGAAAACAAGUACGACGCUGGUGAAUAUGGUUUGCAGGAAGCCGAGAAAGGUGUCGUAUUUACCCACUUUCCUCCUGUUCUCUAUCUGCAGUUGAUGCGUUUCCAGUACGACUGCUUGACAAAUGCAAACAUUAAGGUGAACGACCGCUUUGAGUUCCCCUAUCGCCUCCAUCUCGACCGCUUUUUGAAGUCAGCUAACCCCACCGAUCCAGCUGUUUACAUUCUCCACGCCGUUCUAGUACACUCGGGAGACAACCAUGGGGGCCACUACGUAGUCUAUAUUAACCCGUAUGGGAAUAACCGCUGGUACAAGUUCGACGACGACGUCGUCUCUCGGUCGUCGCGCCGUGAAGCUAUUGAUUUGAAUUAUGGUACCUCAGACGAUGAGCAUGGCUACCUCUUCAAACACUGCACUAAUGCCUACAUGUUGGCAUACAUUCGCGAGUCGUCUCUUUCCCACGUCCUCAGACCUGUUUCUGUAGCAGACAUUCCGGACACCCUUGUAGCUCGUCUAAAAGAGGAACGGCGUGUCGAAGCGGAUCACCGUAGGGCCAAGGCUGAAUCUCAUCUGUACGCCUGCGUUCUCCUCGUUCUCGAAGAAGAUUUUUAUGGUUGGCAGGGCUUUGAUGUCUGCGAUCUCGAAACACUGCCUACACGCCGAGUUAAUGUUCCAAAGACUUCUUCUUUGACAGAGCUUCUCGGUAUCGUGGCUGCCUAUAUGCGAACAAAUGCCAACCAAAUUCGACUUUGGCGGGUCCAGACUAGGCGUUCUGGUACGCUUCACUUCAGUCCCCUUGAGGCUCCUCCGUGUAACUCUUCCACAGCACAAAAAUUUCAUGUACAGAAAAACCAAUCUCCCGGUCCUACCGUUGAGGAUCCUAUGGCUGCACUUACUGCUCUCACAAAUUCAUACCAACACAAAAGUGGCAAUAAACUCCCUGCAAAAAAUUCACGCCCACCCGCUGUCUGUGGAGACAAUGUCGCAUCUUCAUCCACCAGUUUUCUUCCAGCCUCUGGCCCGUUGGCCGUUUGGGUGCAGACCAUCUUCCCUGUUCCCGCCCUUGGACCCGCCCCCUUUGAUUCGCGGACAGAAGUUCUUUGUUUUCUUAAGUUCUUCAUCCCUCCCAGUAAUUUUGCUUCACCUCUUCUUAAUAGCAGUCAGCUGGGUACUUUGGCUUAUGUCGGCUGGAUUAUUGUCCGUCUUGACUCGCCCAUGCACUCUAUUCUUCCGGAUUUGUGUUCACGGGCAUUCAUACCACCCAGCAGCGCGCUAUUUCUUUACGAAGAAACUGGUGUGGGGGAUCUUCGCUCAUUAACGCACCACAUCGAAGGCUAUACUGUCCGCCAGUGUCUAAAUUGCAGCGACGGCUCCGAAGCCCUUAUCCUUGUCUACCAACAGCGACCGCAGGUGAAUGAGGAUGGGGACGAUAAAGGUGAAGAAACGGGUAGCUUGAUUUCUGAACAUGCGUCGCCACAAUCUCGUGUUCCUCGCCCCAUGAUUACGGCAGUUAAGAACCGUUCCCAGUCGGUACAAUGCAAAAUUACUUCUCGACCUCGUCUUACUGCUAGCAAACUUUUGUUGCGCAGUAAGAGGAUGAUUCGCGGUCGAUUUCACCAACAACGCAGCCACGAUGAUUCACGCCAAUCUACAAAACGUCUGCUUCCCGUUAGUGUACGCAAGCAGCGGCUGAGGGUGCAACCAGCACAGACCGUUUCAACGCCACCGAUGGGUUGUUCUGUGCCUCAGUUUGCUCCUCAAUUUUAUCGCGAACUUUUGACUCGUGUGUCGGUGGACUUUUACGAGCUACGCUUUCCCUGGCAUUUGCUUCCUGGUUUGCGUCGUGUCGAACCUGCAACUGGAAUUGUUAUCCCUUUAUCUAUGGGGGAUCGAACCCUAUUACCAGGCAUUCCGUUCUGUGGCGGAAACAAAACCUUUCCAGCUAGCCUUCUUCUCGAACCGACUACUUUUCGUGCUCAGGUGCCGAGCUUUAAUGCGCUCAUUUCGCCUCGUCAUUCAUAUGCUCACCUCGCUUCACUGGUUGCUAGCUAUUUAUCUGCACCGCCCAGUUGCAUCCAGUUUUUCAAUGUUUCAACUGCUACGACGGCGACUGGCGAGCGAGAAUUUACUGCAGUUUCCCAUUCGCUAAGCCUGAGCUUACAAGAUAUUGUAGCGCAGCAAUCAUCUCCACAACAGCGUCACAAGACGAAUCAAUUGCUUGCGCGGAAAGGCAUAGGCCCCAUACAGCUAUAUUAUCAGCUUCUGGCGUUUCCCACUGAGUGCCUAGAGGGUAUGUGUCAACUAAGAUGCGUUUUUGUGGAUAGUAGACGGCUGCGAGAGGUCGUUCGCCUCACACUUCUUGUGCCACAACUGUGGACAGUGAGUCGUGUGCUCCAGUUGGCUAACGAGGAACUAACGAGGGUAGGCAUUAUAACUAGCAACAAGAUCGAUGAUAGUGAAUUAUCUGAAGAAAAUGAAAGCGGCUUAGUCUCACCUCUUCGACAAAUGCCUCUCAGAAUGUUCGAAACACUCAACUCGUGGAUAAUACAGCAGUAUGCCCCUGAACAAGUUGCUUCAAGGCUUCAGCUUCUGGAUAACCGUAUCCUUCGAAUUGAGACGAUUCCUUAUGACGAACAGGAGCUCGUGGAUGUCCAUCAAGGCCAAGCCGGAUCGUCCUUGUUUCUGCUUAGUCAGCUGCCAUCGUUAGGGGACGGGGAUGAGUCUUUGGGCUUGGCCUAUCCCCUCCCUUCUCUCUCGCAUGACACCUCUCUGUCUGUCGCCACUCCGAGGAGUGUCGUUAAGAAUACAGGCAAUGAAGACGAUGAAGAAGAUGACGAGGAUUAUGAUGUGGACGUGGAAGAUGACGAAGAGGAUGAAGCUGCCAGCAAUGAGGACCACGCGGAUGAGGUGGAGGGGGACGGGUCUAGCAGCGGUGGUGCCGACGCAAACAACUUCAGUCUCAUGAGCAAUGGAGAUGAGGACGCAGAAGAGAAUGACGAAGAAGCAGCCGAUGAUGGCGAAAGUGAUCCUCUCAAAUUACUCCGACAGGAUUCAAGUGAAGAAAACGAUGUUCCGGUAGUUCAACGUUCGACGCGCCCUUUGGCAUUAAAUUGCAGUCAUAUUGCAACUAAUAUUGCCUCCCGGUACUCCGACGACGAGGAUGGAGAGGAAGAUGGAGCCAUUGACUCCGCCGACGACCAAGAAUUAGCUUCGCCAAGCCUCGAUGCCUCUUCUCAAUCGAACACCCCAGCCAGGGAACCGAUUCCUCCUGAUUCGUCUCUUGUGGUAGCCUGUGGUCUCUUCUACCGCGAACCAGGUUGUGGAGCCACAUCGACUGGAAGUCUGCCGUUCACACUCGUGUUGCGUCACAGAGAGCCGAUUUCCAGUCUUCUCGAGCGCCUUCGUGUGCGCCUGGGCGCGCCUCAAGACGCAGUGAGCAAGUGGCGUCUUGCUGUUCUUCCGGGACCCAUCCCACCUAGCGUCGCGGCUAAGCUCCCACUGAUGCCGUCCCAAGAAAGCAUUCUCCGCAUGCGUUCGGCCUACAGGUACUUGCAAACAGAUACCGAUGAUGGAGUCGUGGACUUGGCGGCCUUUUGGCCCGCACCAUCUCUACGCCGUUGCGGUGCGAGAAGUGCUCAGUUGCUUUUCGGUUUGCGACCCUGGCUGGGUAUUGAGAUUCCCGCACCGUCUAUACCCUCCCACAAAGGCGUUGCUGCAGCAAUGCUGGCUACCUCGACGCUUCAUCCCCAGAAGCCUGGCUCGAUUGCUGGUAAAAGAAGAGCUGGUGCCACUGGAGGGAGAUAUGUGCUUUCAGAAAAACCUAUUCGAAUACUUAAUUGA